UGGGCAGCCGGGCUUGAGAAGUCCUUGUCUCUGGCGCGGCUUAGAAGCGCCUCAGGCGGGACUCCGAAGGGAUGGCUGCUGCGCUGCCCCUGGCUGCCUUCCUCCUCCUCCUCCUCUUCUUCCUCCUGGAGAGCCCCAGGACGGCCCAGGCGGCGGCGGCUUGUUCUGGCUGUGGAAAAUGUGACUGCAGUGGAGUAAAGGGCCAAAAAGGUGAGAGAGGUUUGCCAGGUUUACAAGGUUUGGUUGGUUUUCCUGGAGUACAAGGACCGGAAGGGCCCCCAGGGUCCCCAGGACUGAAGGGUGAUACUGGAGAACCGGGACUACCAGGAACAAAAGGGACAAGAGGUCCACCUGGUCAUGCAGGCUACCCAGGAAAUCCUGGCCUUCCUGGCAUCCCUGGAGGAGACGGCCCCCCAGGUCCUCCUGGCAUCCCAGGAUGCAAUGGAACAAAGGGUGAAAGAGGUCCAGUUGGCCCUCCAGGUUUACCUGGUUUACCUGGAAAUCUAGGGCCUCCAGGACUUCCAGGAAUAAAGGGAGAUCCAGGUGAAUUUAUUGGACUCACACCAGAUGGUGUACUAAAAGGUGAAAAAGGAUUUCAUGGCCAACCUGGAUCACCAGGAUUACCUGGUUUACCAGGUGCUGAAGGCCCUAUUGGACCAUCUGGACCUCCUGGAAGACCAGGUCCUCCAGGACCACCUGGUCCCCCAGGUCCAAAGGGUCACAUGGGCUUGGGUUUCCAGGGACCAAAAGGUGAUAAGGGUGAACGGGGAGUCAUGGGUCCUCCUGGUCCCCAAGGAGCUGCUCCAGUAGAAGGAGAGAAAGGGACUGUAAUCAUCCGUGGAGAGAAAGGCGAUCCUGGUGAAAAGGGUGACCCUGGCCUUCCAGGAUCACCAGGACUAGUUAUCAAAGGCGAGAAAGGUGAACCUGGGAAACCUGGUGCACGGGGAAGACCUGGGAAGGAUGGAGAGGAUGGAGAGAAGGGAAGAAGUGGAGACCCUGGCCAACCAGGAUUUCCAGGAUUACCCGGAGCAUAUGGCCCUAAAGGAGAUAAGGGUGUAACAGGUCUACCAGGACUUCCAGGAAUAGUUAUAGGUACAGAGGAAGAAGAAGUGUAUGGUGAAAAGGGAGACCCAGGUCCUCCAGGAUUCGCAGGACCAAAAGGUGAACCAGGUCCAAAAGGUUUUCCUGGAGUGCCGGGAACACCGGGUCCUCCAGGGCAACCCAGUCCAGGGAUAACAGGAGCACCUGGUUUUCCUGGGGAAAGAGGAGAAAAAGGUGACCAAGGCCCCCCUGGACUUCCUCUAUAUGGGCCAAAAGGGAGAAAUGGACCUCCAGGACCUCGUGGCUUCCCAGGGCCUCCAGGCCCACCUGGCAUAACAGAUGGAAUUCUGGAGUGCCAGCCUGGUGAGCCUGGUGACCCAGGCUCACCAGGACUCCCUGGUCAACAUGGCUUCUCAGGAGAAAGAGGAGAAAAAGGUGAAAAAGGUGAACUCUGUUUUGCCUGUGAUGCAGCUGGCCUUCCUGGAUCUCCAGGCCCUCAGGGGAAUCCAGGGGAACCAGGUAUUCCAGGACCUCCAGGUGCUAAAGGCGACAGAGGUCGUCCUGGAUUUGAUGGCAUUCCAGGAGUGGUAGGACCACCAGGUUUGCCUGGAUUGAUUGGAAAUCCAGGAGCAAAAGGAGAACCUGGAGACGUCUUCCUUGACUCUGAUUUAAAAGGAGAAAAAGGAGCUACUGGCUUCCCUGGAACUCCAGGCUUCCCUGGGAGAGACGGAAAUCCGGGGCGUGAUGGUUUGCCAGGUGCUCCAGGACCUAAAGGUGCAUCGGGAACCAUUGGGCUGAAAGGAGACCGUGGCCCCCCAGGGACAAGUGGUUUCCCAGGAGCUCGUGGGGAGAAAGGCUUUCCUGGUCCGCCAGGAGUUGGGCCUUCUGGACCACCUGGUGAUAAAGGGGACACAGGAAUUUCAGGGUUCCCUGGCACUCCUGGAAGUCCAGGACCUAAAGGUGAAGCUGGCCGAGCCAUUCCUUUGCCUGGUGCCCCAGGGGCAGAUGGUAUACCUGGUGCUCCUGGAUUUCCAGGCAUCCAAGGUGACAAGGGAGAUCCAGGCAUUACAGGAAGGCCUGGCCCACCAGGUGAAAAAGGCCUGACAGGACCACCAGGAAUAGGGUUUCCUGGCCUUCCGGGACCUCCAGGUUUCCCAGGACAGACAGGUGCACCAGGUUUACCUGGAGGGAAAGGAGAUACUGGUCCCCAAGGAUUACCAGGUACACCAGGACUACAAGGCCAAAAAGGUGAACCAGGACUUGGUCUCCCAGGCCCCAAAGGUUUUCCUGGUGCAAAAGGGCAAGAUGGGUUUCCUGGAGCAAAAGGUGAUCAAGGGUAUCCUGGUCAACCUGGAGAAAAAGGAUUUCCAGGUGUACCUGGCCAGCCAGGAUCCCAAGGUGAGCCUGGUCCUGCUGGAUUACCAGGUGUACAGGGCUCCCCCGGUGUGCCAGGAAUAGGACCUCCUGGGCCCCCUGGGCCCCCAGGCCCAACUGGCCCUCCAGGAUCAAUAGGAGUGUCAGGAAUAAAAGGAGAAAGGGGCUACCCAGGUAUCCCUGGACUAGAUAUGCCAGGGCCAAAAGGAGAUAAGGGUAGCCAAGGACCAACAGGGCUGCCAGGGCUGCAAGGGAUACCAGGGGUACCUGGCUCACAAGGACGAGAAGGGAAACCAGGCAUUCCAGGAACCAAAGGUGAAAUGGGAGUUAUGGGAACCCCUGGAAUUCAGGGUCCUCCUGGCCCUAUAGGAUCACCUGGACUUCCAGGUGAAAAAGGUGACAUAGGCUUUCCGGGAGUAGCUGGACAAAGAGGUAACCCUGGUUUAAAAGGCGAAAAGGGUGAAGUUGGUCUACCAGGGGAGCCAGGAUCAAUGGAUCAUGUAGACAUGGAAAACAUGAAAGGCCAAAAAGGAGACCAAGGCAGUAAAGGGCAACCUGGACCAAGUGGAGAGAAAGGAACUCAAGGGGAUCCUGGCAUACCAGGAAUGCCAGGCAAGGAUGGAGAUCCUGGCUUACCUGGCGAAGCAGGGCCAAAAGGGGACGCAGGCCUUCCAGGAUACCAGGGUGAACCUGGGCCUCCUGGACAAAAGGGAUCUUCAGGAGAAAUGGGUCUGCCAGGGCAAUCAGGAGAAAAGGGUGUGCAGGGUCUUCCAGGUGAAGCUGGUAGACCAGGGUUUCCUGGAGAAAAAGGUGUGAAAGGGGAGAAAGGACAACCUGGAUUCCCAGGAAUUGGCUUCCCUGGGGCUCCUGGUGAGAAGGGAGAGCCAGGAUGGACAGGUAGCCCAGGUGUACCUGGGGAAAAAGGUGAAAAGGGUGCUCUAGGAAUUACAGGAUUCCCUGGGGCACCAGGUGCCAAAGGGCAGCCAGGUCUUCCAGGUUCUCCAGGUGUUCCCGGAAUCCCAGGUGAAAGAGGGGAAAAAGGAACCCCAGGUUUGCAUGGUUUUCCGGGCUUAAAAGGACAAACAGGUGAUCCUGGACCCUCUGGCCCACCAGGUAUUUCUGGAGAAAAGGGUGAGCCAGGUUAUGAUGGAAUCCCAGGCUCAUCUGGUCCAAAGGGUGAGCCAGGUAUUCCAGGUAGAGGACUUCCGGGACUUCCAGGAGCCAAGGGAGAAAGAGGUGCAAAAGGAGAUGUGGGUUUCCCGGGAGCUGCAGGAAGUCCAGGGAUUCCUGGUGUAAAAGGAGAACCAGGAUUUGCCGGCCCACAGGGUCCCCCAGGCCAAGCAGGACUUCCUGGAUUACCAGGCAGAAUUGGAGAGGGACCAAAGGGUGACCGGGGACCUCAAGGUCGACCAGGCCUUCAAGGGCCUCCUGGUCCUCAAGGAUCUUCUGGGGCUCCAGGGCUAUCAGGGGCAAAAGGAGAAAAAGGAAGUGCAGGUUGGCCAGGGCCACCUGGGAGACCUGGACUGAAAGGAGACCCGGGAGCUCAAGGAAUCCCUGGCAAUGUUGGCUUCCCUGGAGCUGCUGGUCAAAAAGGUGACAUUGGAACUCCUGGAAUACCAGGCCCUCAAGGUCCAAGAGGUCCUCCAGGAGUCCCUGGACUCAAAGGAGAACAAGGUGAUCAAGGCUUUCCUGGAGCAAAAGGCUUCCCAGGCCCACCUGGUCCUCCAGGCCCUUUCCAACUUCUGAAAGGUGAACCAGGCUUACCUGGUCUGCAAGGCCCACCUGGCGCUAAAGGAUCCUCUGGUCCUCCAGGACCAAAAGGACAACAAGGUGUGACAGGCCCUUUUGGUUUAAAUGGUUCCCCAGGACUUCCAGGAUUUGAUGGAACACCUGGUCAGAAAGGAGAAACUGGCCCUGUUGGCCCACCAGGUCCAAGAGGCCUACCCGGUCCACCCGGUCCUGAAGGUGUGCCAGGGUCUAUGGGUCCACCAGGCAGUCCCUCUGUAGCUCAUGGCUUCCUUGUGACCCGACACAGCCAAACCAUUGAAGAGCCACCAUGUCCUUCUGGAACGAGACUAAUGUUCAAUGGAUAUUCUUUGCUUUAUAUACAAGGAAAUGAACGGGCCCAUGGCCAGGACUUGGGUACAGCAGGAAGUUGUCUGCGUAAAUUCAGCACAAUGCCUUUCCUGUUUUGUAACAUUAACAAUGUUUGCAAUUUUGCCUCAAGAAAUGAUUAUUCUUACUGGUUGUCUACCCCUGAGCCAAUGCCAAUGAGCAUGGCUCCCAUUACAGGAGAAAGCAUCAAGCCUUUUAUCAGUAGAUGUGCUGUGUGUGAAGCUCCUGCUAUGGUGAUGGCAGUUCACAGUCAAACUAUUCAAAUUCCACCAUGUCCAGAAGGCUGGAGAUCUCUUUGGAUAGGCUAUUCCUUUGUGAUGCAUACCAGUGCUGGUGCAGAAGGAUCAGGGCAAGCCCUGGCCUCUCCUGGUUCCUGUCUUGAAGAGUUCCGCAGUGCUCCAUUCAUUGAAUGCCAUGGCAAAGGCACCUGCAAUUAUUAUGCCAAUGCUUAUAGUUUCUGGCUGGCCACUAUUGAGAGAAAUGAAAUGUUCAAAAAACCUACUCCUUCCACGCUGAAAGCAGGGGAACUACGCUCAAAUGUUAGCCGUUGCCAAGUCUGUAUGAGAAGAACAUAAUGACUUUCCAGGUGUACCUAAUGUCACAAUAUGGUGCUAUUCCGUUAACAGCAGUGAUGUUUAGGCAUGUAUCCUACAUACCUCAUUGCCAGGUAUGAAAACAGUCACGUGCCUUACCAGAACUUACCUAACUAAACUCUCUGCUUUCCUGGUCCUUUACUUGCUGAAGAGAAAGAAGCUACAAUCAAGAUAAGCUUUUAACAGCAUUUUCAGAUAUAUAUACGUUAUAUAUCAAUGUGAUGCACUGAUAACCACCCUAAAUCAAGAACUAAAAUAAACCAAGGUGCUAAGAGGGAUAGUGCUCUGCUUCAUGUGUGCAACUCCCCUUUUCUAUUUGUAAGUAUUAUAUAUAUUGGAAUACUUUAUCAAAAAAUUUGUAAUCCCUUCAUAUCUUGAAUUCCCAGGCUAUUUAUACUUAAGAUUGUUGUACAAAUUUAUACUAAUAUAAAUAAGAGUUCUGGAAAUAGGUAUGACUGAACAGCAAGAUUUCUUAUUGAAACAAAGGAGGCACCGACGUGCAAACUUUCCCUCUCGUUUUAAUUGUGUGCCUUAAAUGAGUCUUCCAACAAAAGAAAACAGAAUUCUUCCCAAUGAAACCUGUCACCCUCUUAGCUUUCUAUGGCCAGUUUUCCAAUGGAAUACAGAACACUCCAAUGUUUUUGCAAGCAUGUGUGUAUUUAGUAUUUAUGGCAACAGUUCGUUAAUUGUGGCUUUGCCUCCACCCCAUAACCACUCUCACCUUAAAAGAAGUGGGAAAUCAACUUCUUCAAGUAAAUGUCCAUUCAAAAAUGUAUGACAUGUUAUGAACUCCCUUUUCAUGUAUUUAAUAUCUUCAGGGUUUUAAGCACUAAUACACUGAAUGACUUGAUUUUGAACAGAUAAGCAGCUUUAAGAUUUGAUGGUUAGUCCAGGCUUUUUUUAAAUUUAAAAAAGCAGGUUUAUAUUGGAUUUCUAUCAAACAUGCCACUAUCUUGGAAAAUCUUUAUGUAAGAUUUUGCCAUAUAAUCAAGCCAAUAUAAAAUAUUUUUAAAGGUCAUUCCUUGAUGAUGUACUUCUUAAAAACUAAGAUUUGUAAUAAAAUUAUUUGUGUAAAA